AUGAGUGGCACUAACGAGGGUCCCUUCUCGAUAUCGAUCGCUGCACUUCACUGUGCCUCUUCGAAUGCGGCCACUUACGCAAUUGCACCGGCCUUCAGGAAGCGUUCGUUGGAGUUCUCUUCAUUUUACGAAGACAAUGUCAUGGAACCGUCAACCUCCACAAAGAAAAGUGGAACUAGUUUUGAAGUGGGCGAUACCUCUGUUAUCAUUAUAAGUGAUAAUGAAAGCAUCGACUCAAACCAGUCAGAUGAUUUAUUCGGAAAUGAUGAAGAUAGUUGUGAUGCAACGGAAUCGCGAGCAAUGGUUUCACAUGGUGGAAAUAUCAUAUCUGUCAAUGAGCAGCAAUCAUCGUUGAACCAUGUUCCUGAUGCUGAUCAAUCGAAUAUCCCUUUCCUUUCUCUGAGUAAGAAGCAGGGAACUGAUCAACAUAAUGAAACACUACCUCACAAAACUGCUCAGAGCUGCAACCCUUCAUCGUCAACCUCUCCGCAUUUAUCGGAUAGAAGCCUGAAGCAAGCAGUAGCGCAACAAAAUGAAGCGCUACCUUUCGAAACUGCUGAAGGCUUCAAUUCUUCAUCAUCAACCUCAACACAUUUAUCAGAUAGGGGCAUGAAUCAGUCAGCAGAGCACCAAAAUGAAGCGCUACCUCACGAAAGUGCACAGAGCUGCAACUCCUCUUCAUCAACUUCAUCGCCUUUAUCGAAAGAUAAUAGCUCAAAGCGUGCAUUGGAGAAGUCCUUGAUGAGGUUGGAAGAGGAUACCGGGAGUCGCGGAAGAACUUUCCAAAACUACAUGCAACUUAAAAAGGACAAGCUCCGCUACCAAGUGAAUGUUCUUGGUCGUCCCCAUCUUACGGCGUCCAAGAUUUUCGAAGGGAUCUCCAUUUUUGUUAAUGGCCAUACAGAACCAACAGCACUUGAGCUUCGACAGUUAAUCCAACUACACGGCGGAGAGUAUCAUUGCUACUAUGAAUAUGGAACCACUUCAUUUGUUAUCGCUUCGUCAUUAGCAACUACAAAGGUGUCAAAGACUCGACAAAACGAAAAGUUUGUUCGACCGGACUGGAUUGUUGACAGUAUUGCUGCUGGCAAGCUCCUAGAUGUAAGGGACUACCUUCUGCUCUCAGGACCAACGAAAGGAACAUUAACAUCUGCUUUUCAUAAGAAACCAGGAAAUGAUGAAACUCGAACGAAUCUAGGAAUGAACAAAGAUCAACGACUUCUGGAUGCACGAGAUCCAAAUUUUUUGGAGACAUAUUACGCAAGGUCACGUCUUCAUUUGAUUUCAACGCUUGCUCAAGAAAUGAAAGAUUACGUUUGCGCUCUUCGAGCGGAAGAUGGUCACUCGUUCCCUGGUCGUGAAUCCCUUGCUCAUUUAAUGACUGAUGACUAUGAACACUCGUUUUCGAAGACGAUUUUUCACGUUGACCUCGAUUGCUUCUUCGUAUCGGUAGCACUUCGUGAUCGGCCUGAUCUGGUAGACAAACCUGUUGCGAUUACACACAGCAAGGGUGUCGGUGCAGGAUUUUCCGAAUUGGCAUGUGUCAGCUACGCUGCUCGUCAUUGUGGACUCCGUAAUGGCAUGAUUGUCCGUGAUGCUAUCAAACGUUGUCCGCAGCUCGUCUGUCUACCAUACGCUUUUGACGAAUACAGAGUCGUUGCGAAGGCAAUUUACACAAUAGUUUCUAGAUAUACGCUUGAGAUCAAAGCGGUUUCGUGCGACGAAAUGUACAUAGAUUUCACCAACCUUCUUAAAGAGUUGCGGAUUAAUAAUGCAGCGUCUGUGGCGGAGCAUCUGCGCGCAGAAAUAAAACGAGAAACCGGCUGUCCAGCUUCCGUCGGAAUAGGAAGUAAUACAUUGAUUGCUCGUCUUGCAACUCGUUAUGCCAAACCAGACGGCGUUCGCUACGUACCUUCCAGUGAAUCGGAUUUCUUCAUAGCUAAUGAAAAAGUGAAGAAUUUGCCUGGACUUGGCUAUCAGACGUACUGUAAGCUCGUCAACGUCUUCGGUAAUGUUGAGAAAUGCAGCGAUCUUCAGAUGGUUCCUCAAAGUGAUCUCGAGCGCCUACUUGGUAAAAAAGCUGGAGAUCAGCUCUACAAGAUGUGUCGCGGAGAAAACGAGGACAGAGAGUUCAUAACUACGAACAUUCGUAAGAGCGUUUCGUGCGAUAUCAACUACGGAAUUCGGUUUACUAAGAAGGCCGAGAUAUCCCAGUUUCUAAACGUAGUUGCUCAAGAAUUGGAGAAAAAGUUGUUGAAUGCAAGAAUGGCCACCAGAUCCGUUACUCUGAAGCUUAUGAUACGUAGUCCUGAUGCACCUGUGGAAACUCCGAAAUAUCUAGGUCAUGGAGAAUGCGAUGCACAAAGCAAAUCAGCUUCACUAGAUCAAGCAACCUGCUCUGCACAGGUCAUCGCAGAUGUUGCACUGAAACUGUUCACUAGGUUGGGUCCCUUAAUCGCCGACGUUCGCGGCAUUGGAGUUCAAUGUGGACGCUUAGUGGUUCUUUCAGAUGCUGAAAGAAAGUCGGCAAAGUCAGAAUCGAUCAACAAAAUAUUCUGCCCUCAUGGAAAUAAAAAUGGAGAACAAAAAAUGCACAAAGCAGGUCAUAAACAGGAAAUAGCUGAGGAACGGGAACUUCCAGCAGUUUUUAUCAGUGAGUCACCGACGUUCUUUGGAGAACGAGAUAUGAUGCGAGUAAAAAACGAGAUGCUCAGAUACUUGAGAAAUGAGCCAAAUGAAGAUGCGGUCGAUGUCGUUACUGACUUCCUCUUUCAACUCCUUCGAGAUGGUUGUCACUCAACUUUGAUCUCAACAUGUCUGUUCAUGCACAGACAGCUCUAUGCCACAACUACGGUAGCCAACGAUCCUGGAUGGCUAUUCGCAAUGAAUUUCAUUUUUGAUUCGCUCGACGAGAAAUGCUGCAAGUUGUACGGUGCUCCUUCAAUACGACCAGCUAUUCUUAGAUGUAAGGAGUACUAG